AUGGUGAGGCCGUGGAGCGCGGCGCGUUGUGGAGGAGCGAGGCAAAAGUCCCCAGACGUGCUUGAUGCCGCCGGGCAGGAACAUCAAAAACGCGUUGCGGCAGGAGCAGCCCAUUUUAGCGGCCUCAGGGCCUCUGACGACAGCGCAGACAGGCCCCAGUGUCGCAAUCGCGGAAGGUCCAUCCAAGACACAGUUGCUGAUUGGCUGGUCGCGGGGAGCGGCGGCAGGAGCAACUGA